AUGGCGAAUUUUAAAUCCGUAAAAUUUGAGCGACGAAAAUCUUAUGGAAGACUGGAAUGUCAAGUUGUUCUUCUUGACAAUUCUCUCUAUGUAACUAAAUUUGAUAGCAAGUCUGCUAAAGGACAAGAACUCUUCGACAGAGUGUGUGAGAAGCUAAGUUUGCCGCCGAACACGAGAAACUACUUCGGCUUGCAGUUUGUAGAUGGCGUUGAUGGCGAAUUAACGUGGUUGGAUUUUGAAAAAGAGAUCAGACCUCAGCGAAGAAAACCGUACACCUUUCAAUUUGCUGUGAGGUUCUAUCCUCUAGAAGCCUCUGCCGAACCCAAAGAAGUUCAAGAAUUGUUGAUUUUGCAAAUCAAAGAUUCUCUGAUUCGAGGUAAAUUUAUCACCUCUGUCAAUGAGCACGCCAUUCUGGACGGAUUUUUCGCUCAGGCCGUUCUUGGUGACUUCAACCCCAAGUUGCACACUCGUGGCUAUUUGGAGGAUUUAUUGGGGUCGUUCUUCGCUCCCCCUAACGGAAUAAACUGCGAUGCUGAAUUGAGUGAAGAGAAAUACGAAAAUAUCGUUUACAAGUUACAUCGUUCUCAUAAAGGUAUGACUCCUAGCGAAGCAAGAAUUGCCUUCCUAGAGAUUGCUUGUAAUCUUCCUUUCUAUGGCAUGUCAAUACAUCAUGGAGCGACUGAUAAAAAUGGUAAUAACGUACAUUUGGCGUUAUGUAGUAGCGGAGUUCUCGUCUUUGAUGUUGAUACCUUUGGAAUACCGGGAAAUGUGGUUCAAAAUUUUCCCUGGCACGAAAUUGUUACCAUGACUUUUCAAAACAGGAAAUUUUAUGUGGUUGUUUAUUCUCAUGAAAGGAAAGACGGAGGAAGCUAUUCUUACAGGUUUCAAGGGCAUUUUAGCCACAAAGCCUCAGAAAGGGUUCUGUACGACGCUCUACAGCAUCAAGCGCUUUUUUACCAGCCUGAGAAGAAGUUAUUUCGACGAAGCAAAUCGUUUGGAGAAGUCGAUUCUCACAUAGGCACGAGUCAGUUUAAACGCAACGACAGGAAAUAUGCGUCAACAUUUGGCAAGACACGCAGCCGUGGAUCUUUCAGGAAAUUUACCGAUUCCAUUCGAAAAAAGAUGCCUCGUAGACAAAAAAGUGCACCAGCUGAUUCAUCCCCCGAUGAAAGCCCUAAUACCAGCAACUCAAGCACCAUGACCUACCUAUAA